CGCACAAUCGACGAUGGCAGGGCUCUCUGCCGCUCUGCGAAGGUUCAGCUCGAUCGCCUCAAGAGUGGAGAGCCUUGGAGUGGCCUCUAAGACUGAGCAGGCAGCUGCGAUGGCGAAGAAGUCAAGAAGAACAGUCCAGACAGAGAAAACAUCUCCAGGGACGUUGAGGGUGGGAUGCCCGGAGUGCGUGAAAGAGAAAGGCGAGCACGAUUGUGAGCAGAUCGUCACGUGGGACGAGCUCUUCAAGGUCGACCUCUUUUACCGCAAGUGAAGGCAGCCCAGCGAGUGUAAAUAGACUGUGAUAUAGGAGGUAUAGGGCGAUGCGUCAAGAAACGGAAUGAUCGAACACCAACGAGUGUUUGCUCCAUGCACCAUGUCAACACUUUUGCCGUCAGUAGCCCCAUGGAGGUAGAGACGUGACAUCAAUGUAGAGGAACCUCGACUCACGUCCAGACAGAAGGAAUUGCAGGAGCGUUGUCAACAGAAGUCUUUUAUUUGAUGGC